AUGAGUCUUUUACAAAAUUAUCAAAAUUAUAAUACUUGCGAUUUUCGAUAAAGCCAUCUUGAUUUUGAUGGGAAAACAUGUAUUUAAAUUAUUUCUAUUCAGUUUAUGUUACCAUUCAUGAUGAAAAGAAAUCUAUUUUAAAGGAUGGAGAAGAUAAUGCUUUAGUUAUUAUUAAUUCAUAAAAUAUAAUUACAGUUGGCUUUGUAGAUUCAUUUUCAAAGUGUAAAAAACAAUUCCUCUAAACCUUAUACCUAUUUGAUAAAUUAAAAAAUGAUAAUUAUAAGUAAUUGUUUUGA